AUGAAAGCUGAAAAGUAUCCGGUUCAAUCUCAGUCUGCCUGCGGCGUUCUAGACCAACCACAGCCGGGUUUCUCUCCCUCUCUCGUGUCUCUAGGAAAAAAUAAAUCUUUUUUCUUCCACUUCUUUCUCUACUUCUUCCCCUUCUUCCACUUCUCAUUCUUCUUCUUUUUCUUCCCCUUAUUUCUCUUCUUCUUUUUCUUCUUCUUCUUUUUCUUCUUCUUUUUCUUCUUCUUUUUCUUCUUCCCUUUCUCAUUCUUCUUCUUCCCCCUUUUCGUCUUCUUCCACUUCUCAUUCAUAUCCUUUUUUCCUCUUCUUCUUCCAUUUCUCAUACUUCCUCUUCUUCUUCCUCUUUUUCUUCUUCUUCUUCUUCUUCUUCCUUCUUCUUCUUCUUUUUCUUCUUUAUAUUCUUCCUGCGCUUCUUCUUCUCCUUCUUUGAUCAAAUGCAGUUCUUUUGCACUCCAUAACAAACGUGAUGUCAAAAAUGGAGGGCAGCCGUAUCAUACGGUAAUUGAUUUCCCUCCUUGUCUUUUUUGUAUCUUUUUAUUCUUCUUUAAUUGGAAUUAUUAUAAUAAAAAACAUAUUAUUCUUCUCUUUGUUCUUGUUAAUAUUAUUGCUUUUUACGUUCUUAAUUUGCUUAGAAUUGUUAAGGCAAGAUUCAUUUCUUUUUUUCAGAUGUUUUCUCCCAUUUGUAUAUGCACUAUCUAUCUAUCUAUCUAUCUAUCUAUCUAUCUAUCUAUCUAUCUAUCUAUCUAUCUAUCUAUCUAUCUGUUACAUUAUCCUCUCCGUAUGUGUCUUUGUCUUAUUGGUUUUAUGUCUAAAUGUUUUAUUAUCUAUCUAUCUAGCUAUCUAUCAUUGUUUGCUGAUAUCUAUCUAUCUAUCUAUCAUUGA